CUCCCAUCAUGACUCAACGCAUGCAGCAUAGUUGGAGAGCAUCACAAGUGUUGACCACAAAUUGCAUGUUCUGAUGCAGUAGACUGCACAAAGCUGCAGCUAUUGCUUCUUCCAUUAUGAUCAACACCACACCGACCACCUUCUCUUAUCUCAUAAACCUCACUCCCACUACCAACUUAAUUUACUUGAUUAAUGUCCCUCUCGUCCUCCGCUAGCCAAACUCUCCGACUUGUGAACCACAUUCCACUAGUGGAAGCGUUGGUGGUCGGUGAAUGGAACGUCAUGGGCGGCUGAUCAUUGGAUGGAGACAUACCAUUUGCAGAGGCCGAUUCUCUCGCGUCAGUGCGCGUGAGGAAACAUUCUUUCCUCUACUUGUAUAUAUGUAUCCAUCUCUGAUCUCAAUUGUUAUCGAGUCAGUCGAGCAUUGGAGUUCACUGUGUUCGGAUCGACAAACGUGUCGCAAUGUUGUCGAGCAGAGUUCUUCUUGUCUUCUUGCUUCUUCCUUUAGCUGCCGCGACCGCACCGCCCGCCUCCGUCUCCCCCGCGGCGGCGUGCAGGUCCUCCUUCUAUCCCAAGCUGUGUAUCGCGCUCCUGUCGCCGUUGCGGUUCCCGUCGAACCAGUACGAGUACGGCAGGUACUCGGUCAAGCAGGCGCUGAAGCAGGCCCGCCGGACUGCCACCAUUCUCGACCGCUACCUCUCCGGAUCCAGCGGUGGCGCCAGGGCCCACCGCGCCGUCGGGGGCGGCGGGGCCCUCGAGGACUGCCGCGAGCUGGCGGGCCUCAACGCCGGGUACUUGGAGGCGGUGCAGGCGGAGCUGGGGCGGGGGGCGAGGAUGCUGGACGCGGCCGGGGUGGGGCGGGUUCGGGCGCUGAUGAGCGCCGUGGUCACGAACCAGCAGACGUGCUACGACGGGCUGGAGGCGUCCCGGGAAUUCCCGGAGCUGCAGGGCGCCCUCGCGGACCAGACCCAGCUGUACGGCGUGUCGCUCGGCCUGGUCACCACUGCGUUGGGGCGCAGGGCCGUCCCCGGGGUCGGGACGAACGCCGGGUCGGACUCCAGGACAGGCACUACCGGUGAUCAAAGUUCCCCGCCGAAAGGUUUUCCGGCGAUAGGGAGGAUCCUUGUUGAAGGGGACCGCGAAAUCGUGCCGGUGAACGCAUCACAGUCGGUGACGGUGGCCAAAGAUGGGAGCGGGAACUUCACAACGGUCGGAGACGCCGUCUUGUCCGCCCCAAACGACACCUCCGCCGACGGUGGCUACUUCGUUAUCUACAUAGGCGAAGGCGUUUACCACGAGAACGUGAUCGUUCCCAUCAACAAGAAGAACCUGAUCUUGAUCGGAUCGGGGAUCAACCGCACCAUAAUCACGUCGAACCACAACGUGGCUGAUAGAUGGACGACCUUCAAUUCUGCCACAUUCGUGAACGCGGAGCGCUUCAUAGCUGUCGGCAUCACCUUCGAGAACUCGGCGGGGCCGGGGAAGUACCAGGCGGUGGCGGUGCGGAACAGCGGGGACCUCUCCAUCUUUUACCGCUGCAGCUUCCUGGGCUACCAGGACACGCUCUACGUGCACAUCCUCCGCCAGUUCUACCGUGACUGCGACAUCUACGGCACCGUCGACUUCAUCUUCGGCAACGCCGCCUCGGUGUUCCAGGACUGCAACAUCUACGCGCGCAGGCCGCUGCGGGGCCAGUCCAACGUGGUGACGGCGCAGGGCCGGACCAUGCCGGACCAGGCCACCGGCAUCUCCAUCCAUAACUGCACCGUCAGCGCCGCGCCCGACCUCGCGGCCGAUCCGAGGUUCGCCAGGACCUUCCUCGGUCGUCCGUGGAAGGAGUACUCACGGACGGUGUACAUGCAGUCGUUCAUCGACGGCGUGGUGGAUCCGGCGGGGUGGCUGGAGUGGAACGGCAGCUUUGCGCUCAGCACGUUGUACUACGGCGAGUACGCGAACUACGGUCCCGGGGCCAAUACAAGCUGCCGGGUCAAAUGGCCUGGCUACAGCUUGAUGAACUCCAUGGACGCUCUCAACUUUACCGUGUAUAACUUCACUGCAGCAGUCCCCUGGUUGUCUUCGACCUCUGUACCUCAUUCCGGCGGGCUGCUCUAAGGAGACAUGAGCAGCAUUGUGAUGUUUAUAUAUAGUGAUCGACAUUAUAAUGUGAAACCCAAACCCUUCA